AUGGAGGCCACAUCAUCUUCAUCAUCAGCUACUGCAGAAGGGGAGGAGACGAAGGAAGUUGUUCCAACAAAGGAGUCCGUUGUGGCUGAGGAGGGGAAGGAAAAGGAGGUUGCUCCUCCAGUAGAAGAGUCGGCGUCGUCAUCGUGUCCAGAGGCGGCGAGCCAGGAGGCACCGACGCCACCGUGGGAACGACUGAAGAGGAAGGGGACACCAGAAGGAGCACCUAGUCCUCGACAGCAGCAAGAGCAGCCCGUCUCGGCUCAUCCCGUGGCGCCUUGUCCCGCUUCUGAGCUGGAGCGAACGGACGUGUUUGAGAUCACCUCGGGGGUAUCGACGAAUUUGACCUUCCAUCCUUGGACGGCCGAUAACAAGCCUAAGAUCGUACCAACACACGAGCCGGCGAGGAUGCGUGAAGGCUUGUUCUGUGAGUCUACAGUGGUGGAUGAGUUGUGGCAGCAAAAGACGCGGAUGGAUCAACUAUUCGAUCGGCGUCUGGGUAGGGUCUACCAUCGAGUUCGAGGGCGCAUCUUCCCCACUACGAUUAGCGGUAGUGCUAAUGUGGGCAUCUCAAAUAGAGCUGGGGAUAAAUUGUGGGAGGUUUUGGACGCCCUCGAUGUUUGGCCCUCUCUUUUGAGGUUGGUUAGAUCGGAGGGUGGUGGUCAGGAUGGAGAAGAGGCUGAGAUGAAAAUCCGAUAUGUCGACGUCUGUGGCGGUCCUGGGGCCUUCAGCGAGCUUGUGAAAAAUCUUGGUGAACGUGAAAAUGUUAAGACGAUUGGAAAAGGGAUGAGUCUGAAAAUAGACGCGGCUCAGUCAAAGGAGGCCAGCUGCAUAUGGUAUCAGCAUCUUCUGGACUCUGAGGAUUUCGAUGCGGUGUGGGGUCCUGAUGGAGAUGGGAAUGUGUAUUCGCCAUCGAAUUUGACAGCAUUGGAGGAAUCAGUGAUGAAGAUGGACGGUCGAGGGGCCCAUUUGGUGAUGGGUGAUGGAGCCUUCGAGGGAGGCUUCCUCGUCUGCAAGCUGUUCGACACCUUCAGCACUAUCACUGCUAGCAUCAUCUACGUCACUACGCGACUAUUCGAAAAGUGUUAUAUCGUUAAACCCCAACGAUCAAGAGUGGUGAGGACUUCACAAUUGGUGCUCCUCUUUAUGAACCCCUCCAGGUGA